AUGAAUGUUGAUGUAGAGCCUUGGAGGGUGAAGAUAAGUAGGUGGUUCCGAGUUGCAAAAACAUCUACACGAAAAGGGACUGUAAUUGGCUUGCUACUUGUGAUUAUUACUUGGAGACUCUGGCUUCAGCGUUGUAAAGCUCGCAUGGAAAGAGAUAAAGAAUCAGUAGAGGUAGUGUGGUUAUCUAUGAGAAGUUGGCUUGUAAUAGUUGCAAAUGGCGUGAAGAGGGCUUUGUCCUAUACGGAUCAGAAAUUACUCGAAGAGUUACAGGUGAGAACAAGACAACUAGAGAGUAGAACUCCUCACAAGGUGGUCUGGGAGAAACCUCCGGUAGGUUGGUUGAAGCUAAAUGUUGAUGGUUCAUGUAGAGGGAAUCCAGGUUCAUGUGGGGGUGGGGGUAUUAUCCGAGAUUCAUAUCGUAACAUGAAGGCAGCCUUUUCUAAAAAAUUAGAACUGGGUACAAAUAAUGGAGUGGAGUUGAGGGCAAUUACUAGUGGUGUUCGGCAUUCCAAAGAGAUGGGAUAUCAAAAUAUUUGUAUUGAAAGUGAUUUGGAAUUGGUGGUGAGUUAG